AUGGACGGGCUCCUCAAGCAGUCGCCAUCAAGUCUGAACGUCUCCAUGAGUGUAGCGGUCGCAUAUGGUGCAUUGGCUCUGUGCCUCGCACUUGCAGGGCUCUGCUGGACAUACCGCAACAGAGGCUUCUGGACGUCGCGGUCUGCCAACUCAGCAUGGAUUGGUGGACCCGAGGGGAAAGCCUUCAUAGGCAAUCUUCGCGAGCUUCAAACCAACGGCGCGGCCAGCUGCAAAGCCUGGUACUCCCUGUAUGAGCGCUACGGGCCUGCUUACGAGAUGACAAUUCCCUUCUUCCGCCUGCAUGUCAUCAACCAUCCCGUCUAUCUCGAGCACAUCCAGAAGCACAACAGCAAGAACUACAUACGCGGCGCAUUCACGCGUAACGUCUUUGGCGAACUUCACAGACGGGGCAUAUUCGUCGCGGAUGGCGCCGAAUGGCACGUACAGCGCAAGGCAGCGACACGGGCGUUCAGCAAGCGGAACUUUGAAACCCACAUCACGCGGUCCCUGCAUCACUGGCUUGACGUCCUGAUGCGCCUGUUGUCAAAUCUGGCCAGGGAGCAGAAGACGUUUGACCUGCAGAGCUUGAUGAGUCGGUUCAUGUUCUGUCUCUUCCUCGGGAUCGCGUUCCACGAGGACGAGCUCGCGCUGGCCGUCAUGUCCGCGGAUCCGAAGAGUCUCGAGACCACGCCGGAGUACGUCGAAGCGUUGGAUCGGGCUCUGUACCUGUUUGACCGACGCAGACGUUACCCUCUCUGGAGACUUACCGAGAAGUUAUCUGGUGAGGACAAGACCAGCAAGAGAGCCGCAGCACUCUUCUACGCACAAAUCGAUGGUCUUAUCAAGAAGCGGCUUGACAUGAUCAAGAAUGGCUAUAAGCCCAGCCCAGAUGACGGCGUGGACCUUCUAGACCUCUUCAUGCAAUCGACAGACGAUCCACACACAUUAGGUGGCAUGGUGUUUGGAAUCCUCGUAGCUGGUCGCGACACAACCGCGUAUAGCAUCUCAUGGCUCAUGAAGGAAAUCCACCACCAGGAUAACAAGCAUCUAGACGCUGCGCAGAAGAUCCGAGCCGAAGCCAAGGAGCUGGGCUUCACCACUGGUUAUCUCGGCUAUGGUGACACGCCUAAAAUGCGAUUUGCCAACGCAAUGUGGCACGAGACCGCGCGCCUGAACACCGUCUCCCCAGCCGGCCAAAUGGAGGCAGCGGAAGAUGACGUCCUCCCUGCGGUGCCCGAUCUCAAUAUGCGUCCUCGUCGCAUCAAGAAGGGCGACGUUGUUAGUUAUCAGAACUACGUCCUCUCCCGGAUGCCUGAGGUCUGGGGAGAAGACGCCACUGUCUUCAACCCGUACCGAUGGUUCACAGAGAAUGGAGAGAGCCUAUCCUAUAGCCCAUUCAGUAAGCCCAGACUCGUCCCUCAGAGGAGGAAGACUAUGACUUGGAAGAAACUCACCCUGGAGUGUCCAGAAUACCAUUCAUGGAAUGCCGGGCCACGUAGCUGUCUUGGGCGCGCGCUCGCCACCUACGAGGGCAUCGCGACCAGUACUGCCAUUCUACAGCGAUUCGAUAUCAGCUUGGCAGACGACAGCAGGGUGUAUGAACCGCUUGCUGCCAUGAACAUGGUGCGCUAG